UCAGGACAGUGAAGGACUCCAGCCUAUCCUCUCCAAACAGUCAAAGCAAUGGUCCUGGCUGAGUCCUGCUGUAGGAGGGAGACUUUUAACACUGCAAAAAGCCAGGGAAAACACUCGUCGCUGAGAUGAACCAGAGACCCGGAGCGCUCGCCGUGGAUUAAAACGGAAACUUUUAACGAUGGCGCUCCAUGUGAAAAAGUAGCGCACAACGAGCCGCCAGCCGCCGCCGCCGCCGCCGCCAACGGAGCUUCUCCUGCAAAGCAACUCCUCAGUAGAUGCACGGCCACUGCUAAUAUGCUCCAGCCGAGCCGCCUCAACCCCGGCUGCAGUCGCAAAUUUCCAGUGUUUUUCUAACCAGCUCCGCGAAACAUUCUCCGGGUCUUUGUUUUUUUUUUUUUUUUUCCCCCUUCGUCUUUACUUUCAAAGUCCGCUAACGCCGACCCCCCCCUACCCCACCCCCGACCCACCUGCAAGGCAGAAAUCAUGGCAGGGAAGCUGACAGCAGCGCAAGGCACAGGAAUACUGCUGGUGACAGCCAACGUUGGAUCCCUGUUUGAGGAUCCUGAAAACCUCCAGAAAACAUGGCUGAGGGAGUUUUACCAGACAGUACAUUCACAUAAGCCUCACUUUGUGGCGGUGCACUGUCAAGAGGUGGGCGGAAAAAAUUACGAGGCGUCCAUGUCGCACGUGGAUAAUUUCGUCAAAGAGCUGUUGUCCAGUGAUGCCAUGAAGGAGUACAGCAGAGCGCGCGUCUACCUCGAUGAGAACUACAAAUCCCAGGAGCAUUUCACAGCACUAGGAAGUUGCUACUUUAUCCACGAGUCUUUGAAAAACAUCCACCAGUUUGAUUUCAAAGCCAAGAAAUUCAAGAAGGUGGUGGGGAAGGAAACCUGCUCAGAAACACUAGAAAGCACAUCCAUGCUGGAGAAGGAGAAGUUUCCGCAGGACUAUUUUCCAGAGAGCAAGUGGUCCAGAAAGGGAUUCAUCAGAACUCGAUGGGCCCUGGCUGACUGUGCCUUUGACCUCGUGAACAUCCACCUUUUCCAUGAUGCCUCCAACCUGGUGGCCUGGGAGAAAAGCCCCUCGGUCUACUCCGGGACCAGGCAGAAGGCUCUGGGCUACGUCUUAGACAGGAUCACAGACCAGAGGUAUGAGAAGUUGCCAUAUUUCGUCUUUGGGGACUUCAACUUCAGGUUGGACUCCAAGCAGGUUAUUGAGAGUCUCUGCUCCACUGCCACCAUGCAGACAGUCAGAGCCGCCGACACCAAUGAAGUUGACAAGCUAAUAUUCCGAGAAAGUGAUAAUGACCGAAAGGUUGUUCUUCAACUUGAAAAGAAGCUUUUUAAUUAUGUCAACCAGGACGUUUUCCGGGAAAACAAUGGGACCUCGCUUUUAGAGUUUGACAAAGAGCUGUCGGUGUUCAAGGAUCGGCUGCAUGAACUGGAGAUCUCUUUCCCGCCCAGUUAUCCAUACAGUGAAGACAGCAGUCAAGGAAAGCAGUACAUGAACACCAGAUGCCCUGCCUGGUGUGACCGAAUCCUCAUGUCUGCCUCUGCCAGAGAUUUGGUUUUAAAGCCUGAAAAUGAAGAGAAGUCUAUAGUCUAUGACAACAUAGGGCCCAACGUCUGCAUGGGGGACCACAAGCCUGUCUUCCUGUCCUUCCGAAUAACAGCGGGGGCAGGUAAACCUAAUGCAAAUAAGCACAAGUGUUGUGUGGUGCAGUGAUGUCGUGGAAAGUGGUGCCAAAGGGGGGAGACGAUAUUCCGUGAAGCGCCUCUGUGAGAACACAGGAGAAACAAACAGGACACCGACACACACACACACACACACACACACACACACACACACACACACAUUCUCACUCUCACAUGCUGACACACACACUCACACACACACACACUUUGCACAAGCGUACACUGAAGAGAACCUACACAAACUUUUCAGCAGUGCUGACCAGUUGCAGUUGUCCUGACACCUCAUCCAUACGAAAAACCCCGUCGUUUUCUCUCCACAAAACACUUGUUGAGAUGUGGACUAGCACCCGAGGGCCCGGCUCCAGACAAGACACACAUCGCUGACCUCACCGUUGCCACGCAACCCCAUUCCCCAGAAAGAGAAGAAGAAGAAGAAAAAAAAAAGGACGGACAGACGGAUGGACGACUCUUUUCCAUGCCACAGCCUCGUUGCCAAAACUCUAAUUGAAAUCAGUCCUACUACAUUAUUUUAGACACCGUAUUUGCCAUUUUUAGGUAUGCCUCUACGUAUAGAAGCUACUUUCCAUACAGUAUGUAAGAUGUUUUAAAAAAAGAAAAGUGCAAUGCAAAAAAAGUUGUAUAUCUAUAUUGUUAGGUUUAUUUGUACAUUGGACAGUAUAACAUAGAGUUGUUGAUGGUUUUAGUGCCGUUCUCUUUUCUGACCAAACUUUGUGGUCCCUUUGUUAGAAUAGAUAGAUAUUUUCAGUUAAUUUCAACAAUUUAUAUAUAUAUAUAUUUUUUGUUUUUUUGUUUUUUGUUUUUUUGGUUUUGGUUUUUUUGUUUUUGAGUUGUUGUUGUUGUUGUGUGCACAACACACUGCCAUGCCUGACACAUCAGUUGAGUCUCAUUUUAUAUACUGUACUUUUUAAAGAGAUAAUUUAUAAUUCUUACCAAAAUUGUUAUGCUGAAGUAUGCGGAGACAGAGCGACUGUUUGGGUGUUCCUGCAGCCACAGUGACCUUUGAGUAGUCAGUACAAGGAGGAGGAGAGAAAAAAAAAGAACUUUUCAGCCAACGUGAUUUAUAGCCUAUCCAGGAAUGUUUUAAGCAGUGCCAUAGACCAUGCAAGUAUAUAAGAUAAUGUUUCAUAUAUAGCAGUCUCACAUUAUUUCAUUAUUAUUCUUACUCUAACUUAUUUCUACGUAAUAAUAUUAUGGUUCUGAAUGUGAUAUUUUAGAUAGGCUUGGGUAUCCUUAAAAUGUAAACUUUUUUGUCUAUUUUUGUUACUGCAUUAUGGUGCCAAGUAUCGUACACAGAAAUGAAGUGUGUAAGAGUUAUCAUAAAAAUCCUUAAGUCCGACGGUAAAGGUCUUCUUGAUCGUAAAAUGUUUAAAAAAAAAAAAAAAAAAAAAAGAGAAGAAAAAAAAGAAGCGAGAGAAACUCUAAAUGCGGGGAAAGACCAGGAAGAAUUGCUCUUUAAUAUUUUUCUUUUCGUAUGUAGCCUUCAACAGCCUUCAUCGCAAAUAAUUUGAGCAUUAAAGAGGCGAUCGGAGAGAGGGCUGCUGAUGAAACGCCAGCGUUUCUUUUUAUCGAUUUAAUUUACUACACUACAGAGUUCCGACUGUGUGAAGACGUCAGAUUGAUCCUUGAUGAUUUUUUUCCAUCUAAAUCACCGCAAGUGGAAAUGAUUUUGUGCCUGCCGCAGAAUUUAUGUUGUCUUUACCGUGUGGUUUGGUUCGUAGGCAAAAAGAAAA